CUUCUAUAAACCAUUUUUCAGGGCAUUUACAACCAAAUGUUCUAAAUAAAAUCCAUUGAGCUAAGUCAGCUAAGUUUUCGGGCUGAUUCGUCCGUGGGAUCAUCGGUCAAAGGCUCUACUUAACCGUGCAAAUUCUUGCCUGAAAUGGUCAUGAUUCCCUCGAGGCGUGCGGUCUGUAUGCUCUCAAAAAAGUAUCAGAAAAAAUUUUUCAUCUGCUCGGAUUUCAUAGCUGAAAGUCGAGUGCAUGAUCCGAAAAUUAUGGGGAUCGAAACUUACCUUUUCGAAAAUUUCAGCCAGAAAAAAGGCUCCCGAAAAUUCUAGAUGACCUUUUAGGGUAAAAAUUUGUUAAAAAUGGGCAAUUAUACCACUUUUUAGAUGCUCGAAAAUCCUAGGAGAGGCAGGCAAGCAAGAAAUUUGACAACAAAUGUUCCGAAAAUUCUAGAUCUCUAAUCGUCUUCCGAACAGAUAUUUUCCGAAAAUUGACGUUGGGUGCCCCUGAUAGAAAGAGGGAUAUGCACGUACACUUGUUUGGUAUAAAACAUUUCCAAGUGGUUUCUUUAAUUGUACCUUUCUUUUCCUCUCAGUUAUUGCUGUUCAUCCAAUCUCAGUCCAUGUUUCUGGUGGUCAAGGUUCUGUUCUUGGUAUACGAGUGUUUUGGAGCGUUUCUUUGGUUGGUUCGCCGAUAGAAUCACCAGGCAUCCGCUAAUCGUCAUUUCCAUAUGUCUUGCCUUUGUCAGCGUAUGUUCGGUGGGUUUUGUCUGGUUCCAGUCAGAGAACAGAACGGUCAAACUCUUUAUUCCCCAACAGAGCCGGGCCAUUGACGACUUGAACACCGCCGAGAAAUACUUUAGAGUGAAAGUUCGUCAAGAAAUUAUUCUGUUAGUGGCAUCAUCUGAUCAUCCCAAUGUUCUAGCUCCCGAUUGUCUGCGGCAGGCCUUCAAGGCGCAUCGCGCGAUCGGGGACUACUCUGACUUCUGUGUCACCUUCUCAGGAGAGAAAGCAAGUGCGGAGGACGACUGCAUGAUCAUUAACCCGCUGGAAUUUUUACAGUUAAAUGAAAGUAGCCUAGAUGGUAAAACCUUGGAACAGGUUCAAGAAGACAUAACUACAGCAUAUAACAGCUCAAGCCGCUUGAUGCGGAAUGGCCGUACUUUCUUUUACAACUUCAAACGCACUUUUGGCGGUGUCAAUUGGAAAGAUGGAAUUAUCACAGGCGCCAAAGCAUUGCAAAUGGUGUAUCUGAUGAAUGACCCCACUGAUGACAAGGAGAACGACAAAGUUCUGGAGUGGGAAAAGAAGUUCAUAAACAAGAUAAAUUCGUUAGUGGGUACUCUUUCCUGUUUUGAAGUCCAUUACUCCAGUGAGAGAAGCUUAGACGACGCAAUUGCCGAAAGCAGUGGCUCUGACGUCAGUUUGGUGGCAAUCACAUUUACUAUCAUGAUAACCUUUGCCUGCGUCGUACUAGGCAAGUACCUCAAUCCGCUGACCGGUCACUCGUUGCUCGCCAACGCAGGGGUGUUUGCUGUGGCCCUUGGAAUACUAUCUGGAUUUGGCCUUGCCAUGUGGUGUCGAGUUCCCUUCGUCAGUAUCGUAGGCGUGUUACCGUUCUUAGUUAUUGGAAUUGGAAUUGAUGACAUGUUAAUCUUAGUUGAUGAGCUUGAUCGACAGCCACAGGACAUGUCAAUAACAGAAAAGAUUAAAGCUGUGAUGUCCCAUUCAGGAGCCACGGUUACCAUGACAACUAUGACUGACUUGGUAGCUUUUGCAGUUAGUACUUCCACUUCAUUUCCAGCAGUAAGGUACGUCGAAUUUUUAUGAUGAUCUAUUUAUUAAAGGGACGGCCAAACGGUUGGACGAAUCGGAUGCUACAUGUUAGAUGCAGCAUUUGGACUAGAUGGAAGUGUGGGACUGUUGUUUAAGAAGCAAAUUGAAGUCAGUUAGUACGAUUUUAAAUUCAAAGAGCUCUCUCGAAAAGGGUGCAAUAAGAAGAGCUAUUUGUGCUGGGACAUUCCAACGAGAUCAAAAGCCUUCCUCGUCUUCUUGGCGAUAACGUUACUUCACCUUCGGGCACAUGCUGGACAAAUUUUUACAAAGAAAUCUCUUUACAGAGUGUGGCUCCAUCGCUAUCAGUAACCUUUUUCAUUUCCUCUUGACUUUUUUGUCAAUUUGGCAUCUAAUAAAAUAGAACAUUAUCUACAUGGUUCAAUAUAACCGUUGAAAUUUACAAUAUGUUGGUGAAACUAAGCGACGCCUCAAGGACAGAUUUAACGAUUAUUAAACAAUUUUUAUUGCGACAUUCUCCAUCUAUAUAAUUAUACUAUUUGUAAUUCCUAUCAUAAAUUCAGUAACAUCUGUAUACCUGAAGAAGGCUGGUAUGGCCAGCAGAAAUGCUGUUACGAAUAAGCAAUAUAGGUUUUUAAUAUCAGCUUUCCAGUAAUGUUUGGAUGUCUCGUUUUUUGGUUCUUAAUAGUUUAGCUGAUUAGAUCUCUUUUCCAGAGAUCCAACGUUGACAACCGGCAGGAUCUUCGUCCACGGUUUUUGCAGUUAAUUUCCUUAUCGUCUAAGAAAAUAGUCGUUAACGAAAAUCUGUGCAUCGUCCAUGUAUACACUGAUGAAAGAUUUCAUUGUUGAUUCUUGUCUUUUUAGGAACUUCUUAACAAGAUUUAAGUCUCCUCAUCCUCUAGCUGUCCGCGUUAAGCUUCUGAAACCUUCUUGAAACAUUUUGCAGCCAUAUCUUAUGUAAAUUUUGCUAAAAUAUUUAUGCGCUAGAUAGCGCUAUCAGUCUUUCAAACAACCCAGACUUAGGAUAGAACACAUCGGGAGUUUCGUAAGUUUGGUGCAGACUACAUCAGUCUGCAAAUCGAUAUCAAAAGCCUUUAGAGGAAUCAAAAGUUAAGGCCCUGUCAUAUUUUACCGUCCCACCUGCCAAUUCUUACUACAUAUGCUGGCUCUUUGGUGAGACUAUAGUUGAACUCACUUUAUAAGGAGCGUCCAAGCGCGUUUGACGUAAGGUAUGAGCCAGAGCGCCUUGAAGAGCAUAAGCGCUUAACCUGAGCGCACGUUUUAGCACUGUUUCUCUGUCUACGUGGUUUUAAGAGCAUCUGUUUUUUCUCAUUCUAGGUACUUCUGUAUCUACGCGGCUUUGACAGUGACCUUCUCCUUUAUAAUGAUCAUCACAUAUUUUGUGGCCAUCAUGACAUACGACUUAAAGAGAAUACAAUCAGGUCGUAGAGACUGCUUACCAUUCUGCAAAGCGCCUCCGCCUAAGGAGGGGCAGCCAGCCUGGGACGAGCCUAGCCCACAAUUAUCAAAUCGUGCUAUGGAGGUCUGGGGCAGGUUUCUUACAUAUCCGCUGACGAAGGUGGUCGUUAUCGUUCUAUCUCUGGGGUUACUUGUUGCUGGAAUAUACGGAGUUACUAAAGUAGAUGAAACAUUCGACAGAAGAAUCCUGGCAAAAGAUGAUUCGUACUUGAAACGAUUUUUGUCUGCUGAAAAAGAGCAUUUUGAACUGUCCAUUGACGUUAGCAUUGUAGAAACAGGAAAGAUUGAUUACGAGAAACCCUCUACACAGGAAGCCAUCAGAAACCUAACACACAUUGUCAGUAGCAACAAAUACUACAUUAACCGUUCUCUGUCGUGGAUGGACAGUUAUUUAACUUUUGCUAAAAUGUCCAACAUCAGUACUAAAGGUCCAUCGUUUUUGCCUGGGUUAAAGACCUUUCUCAGUCAGCCAGAGUUUUCAUUUUUCCGUCAAGAUCUGAAGUUUUCCAGCAACGGUUCUAAACUAGAAGCGUCGCGCAUUCUCUGUUUCAUGAAAGGUAACGGCGAGUCUACAUUCCAAAAAAGCGCUAUGCAAACAAUUCGCGACGAUCUCGAAACCAAGUCCGAACUCGGAGUCUUUCCCAUUACACGGUCCUUUAUUUUCUUUGAACAGUAUGCGAUAACAUCACGUGAAACUAUACGGAACCUUAUCAUCGCUGCUUUAACAGUCUUUGUCAUCACCAGUCCCUUCUUAGUAGAUUGCACAGUGGCAAUCCUCGUGUUGUUCAAUUUUGCCGCUCUGAUAUGCGAACUGUUUGGUUUAAUGGUCGUUUGGGAUGUGUCCCUCAACGUCGUGUCUAUGAUAAAUCUUGUUAUGGCUAUUGGCUUUGCAGUUGACUACAGUGCACACGUUGCACAUGCGUACGUGAUGUCCAACAAGUUAUCAGCAAAUGACCGAGUGGUAGAUGCUUUGAGUACCGUGGGAGCGAGUGUACUCAUGGGAGGUAAGUCAAAAUUCUGAACAUAUAUGACUCUGAUACACGGCUUUGUCCGUUCUUAGCUCCAAUCGGUAUGCCAUGUUGGUGAGCCUGUGUACAGCCGAUCCCUCCCCUCAUACAAAAUUUAUCAAAUUCCUUCUUCCCGAUUUCUUUUGAGGGAGGGGGUAGCUGUACACAGGCUGUAAAUGCUGAUAACCCUAAUAAAGGCGAAACAGCUGUAGAUAGCUGCUACUGUUUGCCCGAGUGAUAUAGCGGCGCGGAUGCGUUAGGUAGUCGGCAGGCCCAGGGUUGGUUUACUGUGUCGAUUGCAAAUGUUCUGGAAAACUAUCUUAAUUUUGGCUUUGCCACCCAACGACUAGAGCAUUCAUAAUGAACUUGAAAAGACUUGUUUUCAAUACUUACCGACAUCUCAGGCCCGAGUUAAGCCUAUUUCCUCCAAGAUAUUUUACCGAUAAUGACUUAGGCGUCAGGAGGAGAACGAGGAGGCAGCGUGGCCCAGUGGUUAGAGCGCCCGACUUGCAAUUCGGAGGCCCCGAGUUUAAGUCCCACCCUGACCGCUAGCUGAAUUGUUCACGGUAGUUCCGAGUUCAAAUCCUCGGCCACGUUUGUAAAUAGCCAGCUGGUUUGCCUCCGGCCAGUUGGGAUUCUUAAGUUUGUUAAGGACAAUUUGAAUUAUUUGUUUCAGGCAUUUGCUCGGCCCCACUAGCAUUAGUGCUAUAAAUACUGCCGAGGGUAAAUAACGGAAUUAUUUAAUAAUAUUUAUAUUUAUUUUACUUCCUGGACAGGUUUUCAUUCAAAAAUACUCCUGAAAAAUUACACAACAUGAUUGCUGUAAAGAUUUAAGCUUGAGCGACAGUAAAUCUUGAAAACCUGUUAGCCUCAAAGAACUCUGGGAAGUUUGAAAAUUUAAAUAAUUUACUUUUAUAAAGCUUUUGCACUAGUUUUCAAUAACUUCAGUAACUUCCUCACUUUUAAUUCCGUCUGAACACGGUCUUCUGACAGUGUAUUGAUCAUAGUUUCAUUCAUAAUGUCAACCUGGAAUUGCUUUAUUUCGGUUUUCCUUGGGGUCAUAUUUACGAAGCACUCUCAAGUCAAGAUUUCUUAACAAAAGGCUAUUACUUUGCAACAAAUUUGGCCUCAGCGGCUACCACCCAGCAUAUUCAGAGGCAAUACACCAGACUUGACAAACAAAGGAAUGGCAUGAGCUCUGCUGUCAAAAAAUUACAUCAACCGAAGAGCUCGUUUUUGCAAUGUUGUAAUUUUGUACAGAUUUGAAUUGGUAGCUAGUCCCCAUGCAGUUAGUCCAUAGGAAAUAUACGGUUCGAUUAAGAAACGAUAAAGCUUUACGAGAGUUACUGGUAGGCAGAAAAUUGCUAAGCCUGGCAAUGAUGCCUACCGCUUUGCUUAUUUUUGACCGAGUAUAGUCUAUGUGGUACCUCCAAGAGGGGUGACUAUCAAUCAAAACAACGAGGUAUUUCACAUAAUGUUCUUGUUCAAGAUUGGUCAAAAUCUUCAAGUCAUUGUCAUACAUUCUUAAGGGAUGACAAAAUUAAAGUUGCUUGUGUUUAGUGAUAAUUUGCUUGUAUUUUGUCAUUUACAGACUUUAAUUAGUUAUUAAUUGACAACAGAUUUAAGCGAUUUCAAAUUUUUGUUUGCGUAUAAUAUAUUUGUAUCGUAUCAUCAGCAAAUAAAUAGAGGUUGAUUUUAGGGGAAAUACGGUAAAUGUCAUUAAUAUAGAUUGAGAAAAGUAACAGCCCUAGGAGAGACCCUUGAGGAAGACCAAAUAAUAUUUUUUCUUUGCUAGAAAUGGUAGCUCCAAUUUUAGUACUCUGGGUCCUGUCAGGUAAAUACGAAGCGCCACACAGUUAUUGAUAAUUCCACGUAUUCCGUAUACCGUAUUAUUCUUCACAUUACACUCAGCCUCAUCCGAUAAAGGAAAUUUCGCACGAUAAGAAAUUCCCGGAAGGAAGCCCUAAUAUUGUUUAAUAACUACCCCAGUGAGUAGAUUUUUUUAGGUCUUAUUUAAUUUUGAUGAGGCCCGAAUUUCUUCUUUUUCCCUCCGGCCAGGUUUCAGUACCUUCCUUGGAAUGAUCGUGCUUGCUUUUGCUGCAUCCGAGAUAUUCCGAAUCUUCUUCCGAAUGUUCCUUGGAAUCGUCGGGUUUGGCCUUCUUCAUGGUCUUUGCAUUCUGCCGGUUUACAUGUCCUUGCUGUGUUGGAGGCCUGCAGUUAACACAUCUCCCUCGGUCAGAGUUAGCGCGGAGAAUCUUAGCCAAUCCCAGAAAGACAAAGGUAGCCAGGAGUUGCAUGUGGCGGACAUAGGAAGUGAAAACAGAAGUCUUGCAGGUAAUCACCCUUCUUUGAAGGGCAAGCAACACAGUGAUGAUUCACAGCAAAGAAACAUCAUCGGAAUUUCUAACAAGGGCAUGAUAUCAGAUGAGAAGAAAUUGGAUAUAUCGACAGAAGAAGGUGGCGAUGCGGACAGCAAAACCAAUGAGGCCACUCAGGAAACCAACAAGAAUGAAGAAGAGCAUUUAGCAACAGAAACAGAAAAUUCCUCGAAUGAAUGUGACACUAAAACUGCCACGACAAAGUUAUAA